AAACAGCGCAAGCUAACUAUCCAUCGCUGCCGUCUGACUGACUUCGACGAGCAGGAGGGGCCCAGCGCAAAGGCAUGGCGAAGUUCUUGGAACGCAACGCCAACGGGGAGGAUUCCAGGUUCUGCGUGAUUUUGGGCGCCCAGUGGGGCGAUGAAGGCAAGGGCAAGCUGGUGGACAUCCUGGCGCAGAACGUGCAGCUCUGCGCCCGGUUCAACGGCGGCGCCAACGCGGGCCACACCCUGUUGGUGGACGGCAAGAAGUAUGCGUUUCAUCUUCUUCCUUGCGGGAUGAUCAACAAGGCCUGCAAGAACCUCAUCGGCAACGGCGUCGUGGUACACAUCCCAACGCUGAUGAAGGAGUUGCAGGAGCUUAAGGAGUUCGACCCGCGGGCGCUUGAGAGGAUCUUUAUCUCCACGCGCGCGCACGUGCUCUUUGACAGCCACCAGAUCAUCGACGGCAUCUUGGAGGCCGAGCAGGGGACCAACUCCAUCGGCACCACGAAGCGUGGCAUCGGCCCCUGCUACUCCGCCAAAGCCAUCCGCAAUGGGCUCCGCUUCGGGGACCUCCUCCACUUCGAGGAGUUCGAGCGGCGGUUGCGGGAGCUGAUCGCGUGGUCGCAGAAGCGCUUCGGUGACCCUCGCGAGAAGGACACGCCCGCACAAUUACAGCUCCGCAAGGCGUUGAGGGAGUAUAACACCAAGUACGCCUUCGACCCGGAGGGUGGCCAGAAGGGCGGCGUGGAAAACAUCGAGGAGGAGAUCGCGCGGUACCGGCAGUUCUCGGAGAUCCUGCGGCACCAGAUCGUGGACAGCGUCACGCUGAUCCAUGAGGACAUCUCCAGGGGCUACAAGGUCCUGGUGGAAGGCGCCAACGCCGCGCUGCUGGACAUCGACUUUGGCACCUACCCCUUCGUGACGUCUUCGAACACCACGGUGGGCAGCGUGUGCACAGGCCUUGGAGUACCUCCAAAGCAGAUCGACACCGUGAUCGGUGUGGUGAAGGCCUACACUACGAGGGUGGGGCAUGGGCCCUUUCCAACGGAGCUGCAGAACGAGGCUCAAAGCCUCCAGGACCACAUGGAGAUGUACGUGGGCCCUGAGCAAUCCUUGGAGCGCAAGGGACACAGCGCCGGGCCCUACUGUGUGAGUCCCAACACGCAGGUGAAGGUGGGGGAGAUGCUGCAGGAGGUGGGCCACGAGUACGGCACCACCACGGGGCGCCGAAGGCGCUGCGGCUGGCUGGACCUCGCCCUGGUGAAGUACAGCGCCAUGGUGAAUGGCUUCGAUAGCAUCAACUUGACCAAGCUGGAUGUUCUCACCGGCUUGAAGCAAAUCCGCAUUGCCAUCGCCUACCGGAACUCCCGGAUGACCGAGGUUCGGUUGCCCUGCGGGUACUUCCCCUCGCACCUGGAGGAUCUCAAGGACGUGGUGUGCGAGUACGAGACCAUGGAGGGCUGGGCGGAGGAUAUCUCCAAGUGCACCAGCUUCAAGGCGCUGCCCGCGAACGCCAAGAAGUACGUCCUCAGGAUUCAGGAGCUGCUGGGGAUCCCCAUCUCGUGGGUGGGCGUGGGGCCUGAUCGCGUGAGCAUGCUCAAGGUGGACGAACCUAUCGUACGCCCAGAUGGAUCAGUCUCCGCUUCCCCGAACUUCCCCUCGAGCCCCCUACGCGGGAGCCCGCGGAUUUGACGCGCGCGGACGGCCAAGUGCCUUGCGCUGGGCUGGUCAACCCCUAAAAGAUGUCCGCCAUUGAAAUACGGAGAGUUUCUCAAAACGCUUGGACUCAAGAAUGUAUCUCCAGCUAGGAGUUGGUGGCACACUCGCUUCGGUUCGUGUGCGCAGCUCCUGGUCACUAGGGCACUGGGGUCCUACACGCGAUGCCGU